AUGGCUUGGACAACAUCACGGGUGAUUUAUCUGACUAAGAGGGAGGGUCGUAGUUUUGGGUUCUUCCUCAGAGCAGAACAUGGGGAAGAAGGACACCUCGUCCGCAGUCUGGAGAUGGGAGGCCCUGCUGAGCUAGCCGGCAUGAAAGACGGAGAUCGCAUCAUCAGAGUUAACGGAACGUUUGUGGACAAUUUGGAACAUGGUCAGGUUGCAGAUAUGGUGAAGAGAAGUGGGAUGUCUGUAACAUUCCACAUCCUGCGGGCCGAUGCAUACAAACAAGCCAAAGCCAAUGGAGUGGACCUGUCUCAACCAAACUCCCACCCUGGACAUACCAAACCUACCUUGAACGGGGUGUCAGGACCUGUGCCUAAACCCAAACUCUGCUACCUAGAGAGGACCAGUGGUGGAUUUGGGUUCUCCGUCAAGUCUUCGAAAAAUGAGCAAGGGAUAUUUAUGGUGGAUGUGAUACCUUCUGGCGUUGCUGACAAGGCAGGAGUGAGGCUAAGGGAUCGUCUUUUGGAGAUCAAUGGGGAAAACGUGGAGAAUGCAACCCAUGAUCAAGUCGUCCAAAAGAUCAAGGAAUCUGGAAAUAGCAUCAUGUUCCUGCUGGUGGAUGAGGACAGCGACAGAUACUACAAGAAUAAACACACGAGGCUGGGAGUGGGCAUGGCCACGGUGAGGCACCUCCCCCUGAAGCCGCGCAUAGCCAACAUGACCAAGGGUUCGGACGGCUACGGUUACAUGCUAAGACAGGAGCCAAACCUGAAAGGACACUAUGUGAGAGAAAUCGAAGAAGGAUCACCUGCAGACAAAGCUGGACUGAAGGACAUGGAUCGUAUAGUGGCUGUGGAUGGAGAAGAUGCGGACGGCUGCACACACGAGCAGGUCGUGGCCAAAAUCCGACAGAGUGGAAACAACUGCUGCCUUCUGGUGGUCGACAGUAAAACCGACAAGAUGUACAAGCAGGGAGGAGCUUCUCCCUUGCUCUUCUGGGAAGAGAUGAAGGGAUCACUCCCACAGUCAGCCACGCCAGAACCGGAUCUGAGACCUCCCCUUUAUCCAACCCUAAAUCUGGAAGAUUACAAACCCAAACUGUGCCGUUUGGAAAAGACUUCUGCAGGUUUUGGCUUCCACCUCAAUGGAAUCCAAGGAGUCCAUGGCCAGUAUAUCAAAGAGGUGGUGAGAGGUGGUGCAGCCGACCAGGCUGGACUGGAAGACGAUGACAUGGUGAUCGAGGUGGAUGGAGUGAAUGUGGAAAACAGCACACAUGAGGAGGUGGUAAGCCUGAUCCGCAGAAGUGGAGACACGCUUGUCCUCCUGGUGGCCGGGAGACGCGCCUACGACUAUUUCAAAGCCAAAGGAAUCCCCAUCACUACGCUGCUCCUCUCCAAGGACCUGUCACAGGAGCACUCUGAGCCCGCCCUCCUGGAACAACUCCACGAGGAGGAGAGGAGAGAAGAACAGAGGGAGGAGUACGUGGAGGAGAUAACAAGACCAGACACGCCACCCAGUCCAGCUCGUGAAAGGGUGAUUUCAACAUCCUCAUCCUCAUCUUCAUCAUCCGCUGCGUCGGUCGAAAGUCUUGAUGAAAGACUGUGA